ACGCUGGGCUUAUAUAACCUCAAUAGCGGUGACAGCUUACCCCCUGUUUCAGAGGUCGCACUUCAUCAUCAUACAAAAGAAUCUAGGGUUUUCAGGACCCUGGAUUUCGAUUCCCCAAUCUUUCCCGAAAUCUUCUUCCCGAUCAUCAAAGCCCUAGUUGGUUGAAGCUGGUUCCGCGUUAAUGGCUCGGGUGUAUGUCGGGAAUCUGGACCCGCGGGUCUCAGAGAGAGACCUUGAGGACGAGUUCCGUCUGUUCGGUGUGCUGAGGAGCGUCUGGGUUGCUCGAAGGCCGCCAGGCUAUGCAUUUAUUGAGUUCGAUGACCGCAGGGAUGCUAUGGAUGCAAUUCGUUCACUGGAUGGGAAGAGUGGUUGGCGUGUGGAGCUCUCGCACAAUUCUAAAGGCGGUGGCCGUGGAGGGCGUGGUGGAGGUGAUGAUAUGAAGUGUUACGAGUGUGGUGAACUGGGUCACUUUGCUAGGGAAUGCCGCCUUCGUGGUAGUUCCCGUGGACGGCGUCGGAGCCCCAGCCCUAGGCGCCGUAGAAGCCCUAGUUAUGGGUAUUAUGGGCGCAGGAGUUACAGCCCUCGUGACAGGCGAUCUCCACGGCGCCGCAGUGUUACCCCACCACGUCGUGGCCGAAGCUACAGCAGGUCCCCUUCAUAUCAUUAUAGCCGCCGUGAUUCUCCUUGUGGCCGCCGUGAUUCUCCUUAUGGCCGUCGUGAUUCUCCUUAUGGCCGCCGUGAUUCUCCUUAUGCUAAUGGAGUCUAAGGCUGGAAAGUCGAUGAAGCUGGAGUAUGAAAUUAGGGAUAUGGCUAUGGUUCAGUGCUGUAGGUAUUAUAGGUAAGCUGAAUGGACAGUGAGGAUGUUUAGUUAGGCAUAUGUCAUGAGUAAGACUAUGGAGUAAGUAUAGCAUACUACCUGGAUUGGAAUGGCUUUGGAUAAGCGACUUUACUGCCAGCAGACUUUUGCAUCAUCUUGCUCUCUCGACUGAAUCUCAGAGGUCUCUUUCUUACUUUGGUUGUUACCUACAUUUCGUAUAUACUUGCAGUAUGCUAGUGUUGUUUAACCUGUUUGGAGUUGAUGUCUCUAAGAUGUUUGGGUUGUUUCUUUUUGAGGUCUGUGACUCACUCGGGGCUAAAUCGGCAUCGUUCAACUUCACGCGACAUCUUAGUGCGCUCAAUUUUGUUUAUCUAUGCUCUCUGCUCUGCCUGACUGCCCGUCCUCUGCACCACUUCUGCUUCUCUCUGUCACAUACAAAGCAGAGGAAGAUGAUUGCGAUUUGACACUCGUCUUCUGCAAGAGCUUCUGAUAUGCUAAAUAAGACCCAUCGUUUCUGUUCACCAUCUUGCGAGAUGAACCUUGUCUUCUGCAUAGCUUCUACUUUUAAUGGCCACAUGUUCGGUUUGUGAAAGCAGAGAACCUUGAUCGCAAAAAAUCCUUCUGCCUCCUGCCACAGAGCUUAUGAUCUGCUAAGAUAGGCCUGCUAUGUCUGCUCACCGACUUGUGAGUUGAAGCUUGGCGUGUGCCAUGGCGUUCUGCAUUUUAUUUGAACACAAGUUGAAUCUGCAACAGCUGAGAAACUUGAACAUGGGCACCCUUCCUGAAGCUUCUGAUCUUGUUAGGAUCUAUAAUAUCUGCCUGCUGACUGCGGCAGCGCUUCCGAGCUUCACUAGGAAAGUCACACAACCCUUAAAAGGACUAAAAAAGAUUGAAAGCAUUGACGCUGCUCUUUAGUUAGGUAGGACCCCUACACCUUCCUUGCCAGGACAGGCUGAAGUCCAUCAAUGGUCUCUUCACGUCGUCUUCUUCACAGGCUGAACUUCAUCAAUGGUCUCUCUACAUCUGUUUUCUUGAAUGAUCUCCUCUGGUGUCUCACUUACAUCCCGUUGUUCCUCCUCGAGCAGCAAAUCAUCUUGGGAAGUCUAACGACUUCCCACUCCCCUUGAGCAAUCCUUUUUAGCUUCUGUGCUUUUUGCUGGCUGUUUCCAUGUGAAUGUAAGUCUUUGCUUAGCUCUUACUAAUGGAACUGCUAAAGCUUUGUACACAUAUGGUUCUUCUCUACUAGCAAUGGGUUCGCAGGAGCGAAAAGUAAAGAAGAAUGGAACUGGGAUGAAAACAUUGACAUUGACGAUUCCAUUCUAUUAUUUUCCAUUCCAUCA